AGUUCCUUUAGUCAGCUUUCGACUAUUGCUCAAAAUGUGCGCUUAUUUUCUGGUGUAGAUACAUACAUUGAUAUGUACAUACAUAUAUACAAAAACAGAAGUUUAUUUUUUGGAACUGCAAAAUACAAGUUCAUACUUAUGUAUGCCUAAAACAAAUGUGUUAUUAAAAAUUAAAAAUUUGUGCUCUUGACUGAAAUGCAAAAUGGUUGUGAUCACGAAAGAUUAAAAAAUAUGUAUAAGUGAAAUUAAAACAUUUACUUGUUACUAUUUAUACAAACAUAAUGAGUCGUACUGAGCCUAUUACUUACAUUAAUAUCGCAAAGAUGCACCUAAUAAUAUAGAAAAAAGGAUGUUUUUAUCAAUCAACUAUUGAACGCCAAAUGUUAUGUUUUAAUUGAGGGCACGGAUCAUGAAUGAAAGUAAAGAGAUUAUCGAUAUGUCAACAGAUUCUGUGUCAAAUAUAUCAGACAAAUUUGAUAAAUGCUUAAAUUUGGAUAACGAGUUCUUAAACAAAUUACCUGGCGACAUUUCGGGUUCACCCCUUCAAAAAAAUGUUGUAUCAAAUCAUCAAUCGAUUGAGGGUCGUCCAAUCUAUCCGAAUGUUCCGUAUAGCCCAUAUGGUAGCCCUUUUGGAAGCCCUAGUUCUAGUCGACGCCGACCUGCUUUUCGAGAGUCUCGAAGGAUUUCAAUUGAAAAAUCUGGAAGUUUCCUUCAAUUGAAUCAAUACAAAUUAAUGGAUCAAAUUGGUCAGGGUUCAUAUGGUCUCGUGAAGUUGGCAUAUUCUGAAGAAGACUCUACACAUUAUGCAAUGAAAAUUCUUUCAAAAAAACGCCUAUUACGACAAGCUGGACUCAUGCGCCGCGGUCCAAAAAAAGCAACAUCUCCACUUGACCGGGUUUACAGAGAGAUAGCAGUUUUAAAAAAACUAGAUCAUCCAAAUGUUGUAAAGUUGGUUGAAGUGUUGGACGACCCAUUGGAGGACUCCUUAUAUAUGGUGUUUGAAUUGGUAAAGCAAGGAGAAGUCUUGAGGAUACCAACAAAUAGGCCAUUGUCUGAAGAAAAAGCUCUGAGUAUUUUCCGCGAUUCUUUACUUGGAUUGGAAUAUUUGCACUAUCAAAAAAUUAUCCAUGCCGACAUAAAGCCUGGGAACUUAUUACUGACGGAAUUUGGGCACGUGAAAAUUGCUGAUCUUGGUGUGUGCAACGAAUUUUUAGGAGAUGAUGCGAAAAUAAGUAAUGGAUCGACUGCUGGAACACCGGCCUUCAGAGCACCGGAAACUCUGAUUUUAGGAGAGAACCAAUAUUGUGGAAGAGCAGCUGAUGUCUGGUCUUUAGGUGCAACUCUGUAUUCUUUGAUAUUUGGAAAUGUACCUUUUUUAGCUGAGUCUGUGCCCUUAUUGUAUGACAAAAUAAGAAGUGAUGAUGUUGUGUUUCCAGAAAAUAUAUCUAUUUCAGAAAAUUUAAAAAGCUGCAUAAUUCAAAUGUUGGAAAAAGAUGUUAAUAACAGAAUAUCAGUUCCGCAGUUAAAGAGGAAUAAAUGGGUAACCACUGGUGGGCUCUUUCCCUUGCCAACAGAGGAGGAAAAUUGUUGUUUGGUUCAAGUGGAUGACGAAGACAUAAACUCCGUUGUCCGUAGCAUACCUAAACUGGACACUCUUAUAUUAAUAAAAACUAUGUUAAAAAAACAUUCUUUCGGAAAUCCAUUCCUUAAAGGUGAUUCCGAGAAAUCGUUGAGGCCAAAUGGCUCACGGAUUGAAAGAUUUGUUCGAGCAGGUCGAUCAAAUUCAGCCCCAGGUUCAUAUCAUACUGCGGUAAACAGGCAGUCAUCAGCAGACGUUUUACUUCCAUCUGUAACAGAACACUAUUAAGCUCAAAUUAAUGCAAAUUAAUGGAUUUAUUUAUUGUAAAUCAAAUGAUUAAUUUAAUGUAUAUGAUCUUAUGUUAGUUUAAACGUAAAACAGAAGUUAGACCGCCAUAUGUAUGUUGGUCUAUACUUCGGUUUAUUUAUAUAUGUACAGAGUUCGUUAAAAGAAUUUACACAAAUUCAAAAAUAGUUGGACAACGCAACUUCUUUGUUGUUACACUUCUUGUUGGCGGCUAAUUCCUGUGAAAUUUUCUUUAUCGAAUAGAUUGAUCUAUGAGAAGCAAGCCAAAAUGGAAUCCGAAAGAGAACAGUUCAUAGGACAAUGCUAAAACCAGAAACAAUAUGCAUCUUUAUGUUGGAUAUAG